AUGGCCGACGCCGAGGAGAAAGCCAAAGCUGAGAAGCUGGCCGCGGCCAGGAAGAGGGUGGAAGAGAUGAAGAAGAAGAAGACGAAGAAAGCCAGCGGAUCAUCCAAGAAGGAGAAGGCCGAAGCUACAGCCGCGGAACCCAGCACUCCCAAAGAAAAGCAGCCCGAACCUGCGCCAACAACCCCCGCCGAGCCCGAGACGACCAACGAAGAGACGAAGGAGGACGAGAAGGAGGCAACGGAAGCAGUCGCGGAGCAGCCAGCAUCGCCAACCGCAUCCCAGCCGUCUCUGGCUGAACAGUCCAAGCUUCGAUCUGCCUCCUUUAGGCAAGGAUCCGUGUCUGCCGGCAGUGGACCUCUUUCGCCUGGAGCGCAGGGUCCGGAGGGGGAGACUGCCACCGAUAUCUACCGCAAGCAUGUCGCUCGCAUAGAAGAGCUUGAGAAGGAGAACAAGCGCCUCGCCAAAGAGUCCACCGACUCGGAGAAGAGAUGGAAGAAGGCCGAAGAGGAGCUUGCCGACUUGCGUGAGACAGAGGGCGGAUCAGACAGUCAAGUUGAGAAGCUGAGGUCCGAAAUCGAGGCUCUUCAUCGACAGAACUCUCAACUCCAGCAACAAGCCUCUCGCUCUGGCGCUCGUCAUGGCUCUUCCCCGUCGGUCUCUAUGUCUUCACCCCCCGCCGAGCUUGAAGCCCAACUGGCCUCAAAGACGGCGACUAUCGAGUCAAUGGAGAUUGAGAUCUCAAAGCUUCGCGCCCAGGUCGACCGCCAGGCCAGCGGCACAUCCUCUGAGCGCGAGCAGAUCGCGGCUCUGGAAGAGAAGCUUGCACGGUCUGAGAAGGCCGCCACUAAGGCACAGCAAGAACUCACCGACUUGCGGAAGAACCUCGACCGUACGGCGGAAAAGGCCGUCCGCGAGGGCAGCGAGCGCACAAGUGCAGAGACUAAGCUUCGCAGUCUGCAGCACGAACUCGCAGAAUCCAUCGAUGCCCGGCUAGAGGCCGAGAAAAAGGCAGACGGCCUGGAGAAGAAGGUCACGACGUUGACUACAUUGCACAAGGAGCAAGACUCGCGGACGCAGACACUGCGCAAGGAGAAGGAGCGCGCCGAGAAGGAGGUCAGUGAGCUCAAGGCGCGGGUCGAGAGCCUAGAGAGCGAGAACACAAGACUACGCAGCCGCAAGUCCACCGAAGGCGGUGGUGGCCUGGACGACGACGGCGUGGACGAGCUCGAAAACGAGGAGCGCCUGCGCCUCGAGAAGAAGGUCCGCGAUCUCGAGGCCGAAGUCUACGAGCUUCGCCACGGACAGUGGCAGGAGAAGCGCCGCGAGCUCAACAGCCCCAGCUUCGAAAACGUCGACCUUGGCGGCAGCCGUGGCACCUCGCCGUCCGCGCAAAGGAAGCAACCUGGAGGUAUUGGUGACUUUUUCCAGAGCGGCAUCAACGCCCUUACCGGCACCGCCGACGACGAGUUGCUCGAGGACGACGACAUGGACUUUGAUGAGGACGCGUUCCGUCGCGCACAGGAGGAAGAUGCCAAGAAGCGUCUUGAGCGCAUCAAAGAGAUCAAGCGCACACUCAAGAACUGGGAGGGGUGGAGGCUGGACCUCGUCGAGAACCGGCGGGGCGGCUCUGAAGGCAUCGGCGAGGUGUUUGAGGUCUAG